UCUUUUGCUAUUUCAAAAGAAUUAGCUUAGGAUUCGUGUAAACAUUAAUAACAUGGCAGGUGAAACGGGUGAAGCACAGCUACAAGUACGAUUUAUAACUAAACAAGAGCAAUAUGCUGUUCCUGAUAGUCCAUACGCUAUACAUAGUAAUGUACAAUCUAUAGAACUGAAUACGCUUCUCAAUGCGUUAUUAAAAGAAAACAAACCAUCUAUAGAAAAGAGUGUAGAAUUCGAUUUCUUAAUAUGUGGGGAAUUGUUGUGUACAUCAAUCGCAGAGCAACUGCAAGACAAGGGUCUGUCAACAGAAGACACCUUAGAAAUAGAGUACCUGGAAAGAUUUCCAGCUCCCAGCCCACAGGAUUGUUUAAUGCACGAUGAUUGGGUGUCAGCUGUUCAUACACAUGGCACUUGGAUCUUAUCUGGGAGCUACGAUAAUAGUAUUCACAUUUGGAAUACCAAAGGGCAACACAAACUUGCCAUACCUGGUCACACAUCACCUGUAAAAGCAGUUUCAUGGGUAUCUUUUAAUGGAGAUCAAGCAAUCUUUGCAAGUGGUUCCCAUGAUCAAUCAGCUAUGUUAUGGGUAUGGAAUGUUUCUGGAAAUUCUGUGGAUUGUGUUGUGACAUGUCGAGGUCAUGACAAAGGUGUAGAAUGUCUGGCUGUCUCGGCGGAUGCUAAAAGUAUUGCCACUGGCAGCUGGGACACAAAUAUUUGCCUUUGGAGUACAAGUCUUUCCGAUGAGGAUAAUGUACCAGCAAAAAAGAAACAAAAACCAGAACAGGGAAAUGUGAGAGAACCAUUAACUGUGUUGAAGGGCCAUAGAGAGGCAGUAUCAGGAGUGCAGUGGAUGGAUUUCAACACUGUUGUAUCGAGUGGUUGGGAUCACUUGCUUAAAAUAUGGGAUUGUGAACUUGGUGGGAUUAAACAGGAUAUUGCUGCUAACAAGGCAUUCUUUGAUGUAGACUGGUCUCCACUAUCUAACAGCCUUAUAACCGCAUCAUCUGACAGGCACAUACGUCUGUACGAUCCCAGAUCAACAGACAGUAUUGUAAAGACGACAUUUACAUCUCACACUGGAUGGGUGCAGUCAGUGAGGUGGUCAAAAACAAGAGACACACUGUUCCUCUCUGCAGGUUAUGAUGGAUUUGUCAAAUUAUGGGAGACAAGAAGUCCGAAAACUCCACUUUAUGACCUAAGCGGACACGAAGAUAAAGUCCUGUGCUGUGAUUGGUCAAAUCCUACUUUCCUCGUGACUGGUUCUUGUGACAAUACUCUAAGAAUAUUUAAGGCGAAACACGCUACUGGUAACGCAUAAUGUAAUGUUGUAUUGGUUAUAUUUACAAUCUUUACGCACAUUGUCUCGGAAUAAAUGUUGGUCCAAAAUGAAAUUGUAUAAUUUUUAAGUAAAACUUAGUUCAUUUUUAUAUUUGUUAUAAAUUGUAUAUUUAAAUGGAACGAGUUUGUGAUGUAACAACUAUAAGCGAGUGUACACAUUUAGAGUAGUCAGCUGUCAGCAAGGUCACUUUACAAGGUUACUUUUAAGUCUUAAGUGAAAGGUAGAUUUUUUUUUAUUGAACAGCAAGGCGGACGAGCAUAUGGGCCACCUGAUGGUAAGUGGUCACCAACGCCCAUAGACAUUGACGUUGUAAGAAAUUUUAACCAUCGCUUACAUCACCAAUGCGCCACCAACCUUGGGAACUAAGAUGUUAUGUCCCUUGUGGCUGUAAUUACACUGGCUCACUCACCCUUCAAACCGGAACACAACAAUACCAAGUACUGCUGUUUUGCGGUAGAAUAUCUGAUGAGUGGGUGGUACCUACCCAGACGAGCUUGCACAAAGCCCUACCACCAGUAAAGCAUUGCAUUAUUACCAGUAUUGUUGCAAUUGUAUAAGCAGACUAGAGUCGGUGUAUAAGCAGACUUCACGCUGUACUUAACGCUGUAGCGUUAUACCGUAUUUUCGGUUUAGUGUGAACGAAAAUUUGAAUAUGAAUGAAAAAGCUGCAUAAUGCUAGCUAACAGUUAACGGCUGACUUUGUUAGGUGUGAACGCUCGCUUAGAGUUAUUGUCAGUUGUUUAAUAGAUAUCAAUGUAUAAUUAAUUUGUAAGAAAAUAUAUCUACAUUAGUUUUAUAAAUGCGAAAGUAGCGUCAUCCCGAGUAACCCACUAAUUUAUUUGGUAUUGAGAUAGCCUGGAUAAGAACAUAGAUAUAUUAUUCACUAAAGCUGGAAUUCUCGAUACAUUAAAUGGACUAACAUUAGCUGCAAUAAAGUUAAAUAAUGUUGGUAACAAUGGGCCAACAGGGAAAUCCAACUGUCCAGCAAUAAAACGAUUGUAUCAUGUUUGCAGUGUUUGCUUGCAUUCGUCAAUUAAUAUGAUCAGACAAUGUUUGAGUAAUUGGUUGUACAACUUAUAUUAAAGUUAAUUUAAAUUGUC